AUGGAAUAUUUUAGAAAUUUAGAAGAGACUUUGAAAGAUGUUGCUCCAUCAAAUAUACUCAAUUUUGAUGAAAAAAAUUUAACAGAUGAUCCAGGAUCUUCAAAAUGUAUAUUUAGGCGAGGAGUAAAAUAUCCCGAGCGAGUGCUCAAUUCAACUAAAGGAGCCAUUUCGCUGAUGUUCUCAGUUACAGCGAACGGGAGUUUGCUACCUAUUUACGUUGUCUAUAAGGCAGAGAAUUUAUAUUCUGAAUGGAUUCAGGGCGGACCGCGUGCUACUAGUAGUGACGAUAAUGAGGAUAUUAGGGAUGUUGUGAGUUGUUCUGCAAAUAGCAGAGAGAAGACUAGCAGUAAAAAAAGGAAGAAAAAUCGUCGUUUGAGAAAAACUGUCAAAAAGGAAAACGUCAAACCAGUUAAGAAACCAAGAAAAUCUCUAGAUAGUUCUACAACUACUGAGGAAGAUUGGAUUAGCACCCAUAGUGAUUCUGACAUAAUUGAAGCACUUAGUUAUGUUACAAAUUUUGAAAUAAGUAUAAAAGAGUCUACAAAUAUUGAUGAAUCUAUAAAUAUGGAAGAAUCUAUAAAUAAAUAA